AUGGCUGAAGUACAGAAUUCCUUACUCGAAAGACACCACCAAACCCUCACUGCCAUAUUCUUCACAGAAGAUAUGAAACAACUCGAAGACUUUCUCUCAACACCUGACUUAAAUGUAGACCUACCAAUGGAUGCUCACGGUCAUACCGCCCUCCACUGGGCGGCUGCUUUAGGCAGAGUACAGUUACUGGAGCUUUUGUUAAGUCGUGGUGCCGACUUGUGUAAAGUAAACAAUGACGGAGAGUCGGCAUUAAUAAGAGCUGUGUUGGUAACUCAUAGUUAUGAGUUGCAGACUUUCCCUGCCUUAUUGGAAAUAUUGACCAAGACUAUCGGUCUUGCUGACAAGAAAAAUAGAACCGUAUUCCAUCAUAUUGCUAUGACCGCUGCAUAUAAGAGUCAUGCUGCGUCUGCUGAGUAUUAUAUGGAAUGUCUAACAAGAUGGAUAGAUGGCCGUUCCGUUAAUGGUGGUAUUAUUCCAUCGAUAGUUAACGCGCAGGACAAAAAUGGAGACACUGCAUUGAACAUAGCUGCUAAACAUGAUAAUGAGAGGAUAGUGCAAUUGUUGCUUGAACUAGGUGCAGAUAGAAUGAUUGAAAAUAGCGUUGGGGUAAAACCAGAAGAUUACGAGACUAUUGGGUAUAUUGACGAUCGAGCUGAUAUAAAUAGUCAUGUGAACGAGGGAAUGGCGAGCGGAAGAGAUGAGCAAGGGCAAAUAGAUGGAGCGAACGCGCACUUUAAGCCACGCAAACGAGCACGCGAAGUUGCUUCGUUAAUCCACCGUCUGGUUCACGAUGUCGAAGAAGAGUUUCGUGAAUUAAUAAAACAAAAAGAAUCAGCACUUAACUCUGCCCGUCAACAGCUACUCGCAAAACAACGUGAGGCAUCGGAAGUGGGUUCGAGUAUACGCUAUUUCCAGACGCAAGAAAGGGAAUUAAUAGAAGCAGAUGAGAAAAUUAAGAGUCUCGAACUCGUUUUGAACGAAGAACUCGAUGAUAUGCUAGAUAAACAUAUUCACCAACUCCAAUCCCAAAUAACCGCUCUUACACGAGACUUGAGCCUUCUGCGUAGUGAAAUUUCAUUUAUAGAUGCACGCAACGUUGAAAUAGAACGAAAUGCAAUGAGGAAAAUUUCUGAUGUUGUGAGGGUUGAUGAAAGACAAUUAGAGGAAUUGGUCAAAUGUUUGGAUGGAAAUGGGAAUGGUGGGAUAAAUGGGAGGGAUGCUGUUCUCGCAAAGUUGAGACACAUAUUGCACGAGAGAAAGCAAGAGAAAAGGCGAGAAGCAAAUUCAACGGGAGCUAUACUCGAGACCAUGCGGCUGAUUGAGAGUGAUAACUUCUCUGAGAGCGAAUAUCUAAAUCUCUAUAUAUUGUAA